AAUGAAUGUAAUUCUACGUAGCAAACGAUUCUCAUUUCACUUCAGAGUGUGAAUGUAUGAAUUCGUAUUUUGUGUGCUCUCUCUCUAUAUAUAGAGUCACUUGGUUGAAUGUUUCCAUCGCAUUCUGUACCAACAUUUCAAACGGUUCAGUGAUUCAUUUAAUAUUUCGUCAACGAAAUUUUUGUUGUUGAAUUCAAAUAGAAAGCAAAAAAUGUUCAAAUCCAACAUCGUUCGAUUAUUAUUAUUGUUUAGUAUUUGUUAUUGUGAGUUACCAGUUAAUGGGCAAAGUUAUAAGGAGAAAAAUCGUCUUCAGCUGCAUUAUUCGAUUCCGUCGGGUUGGUCAAACGAUCCAAAUGGAUUGAUUUAUGCAGGUGGCUACUAUCAACUAUACUUCCAAUACAAUCCAGUGGACACGGUAUUCGGUCCAAUGCACUGGGGUCAUGCUCGAUCACCAGAUCUAAUCCAUUGGGAGAACAUGCCCAUUGCAUUGAAACCGUAUGAAAAAGGGGUUAUAUACAGUGGAUGUGCCAUACUUGACAAGAAUAACGUUACUGGAUUUGCGGCGUUGAACAAUUCAGAUGCAUCAUCAACGGCGCUCAUCGCACUUUAUACACUGGAUGACAAUAAAAACCAAAGUCAAGCGUUGGCAUAUUCAUUUGACAAUGGUACGACAUGGACACAAUACGAGGCAAAUCCAGUGAUUCCAAAUCAGGGGAUUUUGGAUUUCCGUGAUCCAAAUGUUUUCGAACGUGACGGAAAAUUCUAUGUGACAUUGGCUGUACUAGAUCAUAUUGAGUUCUACGUUAGCUCCAAUUUGUUAUCGUGGGAAAAAGUCACAGAUUUCGGUGUGUCGCCGGAUGAAGGUCUCAAAAUUGGUGUAUGGGAAUGUCCAGCAUUAUUAACACUGGCCGAUGAACAUGGCAACAAGCACGAUAUAUUGAUUGUUUCGAUGAAUGAUGAAGUGCACGGCAGUAGAACGCAGUACUUCAUCGGUCAGUUCAAUGGAAGCAGAUUCAAUACGUACGAUAAGUCGAGAAUUCUAUGGAUUGACAAUGGUUUUGACAACUAUGCAGCCGUACCAUAUCCUAAUGAUCCAGCCGAGCGCGUCGUAUUGAUUGGUUGGCUAUCAAAUUGGUUAUAUGCACAAAACGUUACGGCAUCGACAUGGCGUGGCCAAAUGACCAUUCCACGUGAAAUGGGACUUCGAACAAUUGAUGGAGCUCUUCAUGUCAUUCAACAACCCGUCGUCGAAUUGAAUAACAUCAUUGAUCCAGCCAGAAAUUGGACAUUGUCAGAACCAUUCAAUUUGACUGGAAACCAUAUUAUGGAUGUAACAUCCAAAAUUCCAUUCAAUACCGGCUCACAGCUUAUUCUGAACUAUGAGUUUGAUAUUGAACAGGUCGAAAAUGGUCAAAUUGAUUUGCGUUUCGGUAAUACCAAGGGUGAAUUUGUGUCAUUUAAUUACAAUGUUAAGGAACGGACGUACGGAUUUGAUCGGAGCAAUUCAGGUGAUGUUGCAUUCCAUCCAGGAUUUGCCGGCCCAUUGCAGCGUAUCAAACGAAUCAGUAGCAGCCAAUUACUCAGUGGGAAAAUUCUUCUCGAUACAGCAUCUAUUGAAAUAUUCGCCGAUGACGGUUUGAACACAAUCAGCGCAUUGUUCUUUCCGUCGGAACUUUUGGAGAAAAUUCAUUUACGAUCAUCGAUUGAUGCUGGGAAAUCAGUAAAAGUGUCAAAGUUGCGUGUUGCAGCACUUAAAAGUAUUUGGUCAAAUAACACCAUGUCAUCACAUGGCAACAAUAUGAACUACAGUCCACAACAUAUAUUCCUACUUCUUCUCAUUAUUUAUGUUUGCUCAUUUUUUUCUUUUGUGAGCAAUAAUUCUCAAUAAAUGUAGUACUGGUGUAGUUUACGUUGUCGCAGUGAGAUGACGCUCCAGUUUCAUAAGACAAAAAAAAAUAAAGACUUGACUAAACACAAUUAUGUUGAUAUUAAUGAUUUUUUUUUUUGUUUCUCUUACCAUUUUAAGUGAUAUUAUUUGUCGAUAAUGAAAUCAUUUAGGUUCACAAUUAUUUGUAAUGCCAAAACUGAAAUUGGUAAAAAAUCUUAUUUUAUUAAUGAAAUUUUUUUUGGAAUCCAAUGAUCAUAUUUGGUAUUAUGAGAUACAGUCAUUGAACUUUACAGCAUAUGAUAUUUCUUAAUAUAUUCUUUGUGUUGAUGAAAAUUUUGGAUUUGUUUUGUGGAAAAUCGCAAAAAACCACAAUAUGACGGGGAAACUUAAAUUGUAAUGUGAAUAUCAUCCCAAUAAAUGUAUUUAAAAACGAUCAUACAAAGCGAAAUGUUUUAUGAAAUCACUCAGUAGAACACUUCUGGAUCAUUCCCAAUCGUUAUUUGUGGUAAACACACAAAAUCAAC